UAUAUACUAUAUUUCUAGCUACAUUUGUGCACAACAAAAAAUACAUUAACAAAAUGUCGAAUGCUUCUGGCUUUAACUUCGAUAAUAUUACACGCAACACAUUCCUCAAAAUAGAGGGGCUUAAGGAGCCAAAGACCUUCACCACCGGAAGCACUAUUGUGGGCGUAGUUUACGAAGAUGGCGUCAUACUGGGCGCUGGUGAGCAAGCCUCAGAUGGUAAUGUUGUGAUAUCGCAUCAGAGCCGGAAGAUACAUCGUCUACAAAAUAAUAUAUAUUGCGGGGCUGCGGGUAAAUCGGCCGAUAUCACAUCGAUUGUCGGGUUGCUUCAAUCCCAGCUGAGGCUGCAUUAUUUGGAACCUGAGCAACCGGUACCUGUGGUGUGUGCCAACACAUUUGCGAGGAACACCCUUUUCCAUUCUGAUGGGAAUAUUAUGGCCAAUUUGUUGAUUGGGGGAGUCUGGAAUGGCAAAGCGGAGCUUUAUUGCACCUGGUAUGAGGGUUGUUCCGAAAAGAUUUCCUUUGCAAGCUUGGGCUCAGGACUUCUGGCAGCAAAGGCGGUCCUCGGGACCCAGUGGAGGAGAAACUUAGCAGAGGUCGAUGCAUUACAGGUAGUCCAUCAGGCGGUGGCCGCCGGUAUUGGAAACGAUCCGAGUUCGGACGACAACAUAAGUAUCGUCGUUUUACGCUGUGAUGGCAGCGUCGAACAAACCACUUUUCCCAUUGGCUCGUUUUUUCCGAAUAGCCGAUUGGGUUCUACCCCGUCGGGUGGUUCAAGCGAAUCAAGUCUGCCUAGUCGCGCAUCUAGCUCGUCGAUCUUUGAGAUUCUCGCCGAGAAGGUUUCCUACAAGUUGAACAACCAAAAACGCAAUGGUGAAGAUGGAAACAAGUGCAUGGAAGAAAUUGCAGAGCCAACACAGCACAAAGCGGCUCCUAAGCGUUCUGGCAGCCCAUCAGAUGAUGAGCCACCGAUGAAGAAGCGACGUUGCGAGUAAGCGGUCGUGAAUAACAAGUAUAUCUUUUACGUAAAACCAUGGUUAAUAGCUCUUUAAUUAUAAUAAAGCAUUCCACAAA